UUGCGGGAAAACUUCAUUGACUAGCAAUUUAUUCUAUGUGACAGUUCUUAAUUCUCGUAUAUUUCAUAUAUUACUAUUUCUAUUCACUGUUAGUUGUGUAACUAUUUAUACUUAGUUGGUUGUAUUCUACAAGAUAACUGUUAGUUCAAAAAGUGAACAUGGUUUUAAAAUCGAACAAGAUGUAUGUCUUCAAGCGAGAUGGUCGCAAGGAAGAAGUGCAUCUAGACAAAAUCACUUCUCGCAUCCAGAAGCUUUGCUACGGACUAAAUAUGGAUUUUGUCGAUCCUGUUGCUAUAACGCUGAAGGUCAUCAAUGGGCUAUACUCCGGAGUGACUACGCAGGAAUUGGACAAUUUAGCAGCGGAAACGGCAGCAACACUGACCACGGAACAUGCGGAUUAUGCUAUCCUAGCCGCACGAUUGGCCGUUUCUAACUUGCACAAGGAGACCAAGAAACAUUUUUCCGAUGUAAUGCAUGAUUUGUACACAAUGGAAAAUGAGCACCUGAAGACUAAAAUGCCAAUGAUCUCGGACUUUCACUAUAAGAUUAUUAUGGAUAAUGCCGACCGAUUAAACUCAGCAAUUAUCUACGACCGUGAUUUCGGUUAUAACUACUUCGGUUUUAAAACUUUGGAACGUUCAUAUCUCCUGAAAAUUAAAGGUAAAAUUGCUGAACGACCUCAGCACAUGUUGAUGCGCGUUGCAAUUGGUAUUCACGGCGAAGACAUCGACGCUGCUAUCGAAACGUACAACCUACUGUCGGAACGUUAUUUUACACACGCAUCACCAACUAUGUUUGCGGCAGCAACUCGCAGACCCCAAUUGUCUUCCUGUUUUCUCUUGACUAUGAGUGACGAUAGUAUAGAAGGCAUCUACGACACGUUGAAGCAAUGUGCUUUGAUUUCUAAGUCGGCUGGUGGUAUUGGGCUGAAUGUUCACUGUAUUCGAGCGAAAGGAACCUACAUAGCGGGAACCAAUGGGAUUUCCAACGGGUUGAUUCCAAUGCUCAGGGUGUACAAUAACACGGCCAAAUACGUUGAUCAAGGUGGAAAUAAACGACCAGGAGCAUUCGCCAUUUAUUUGGAACCGUGGCAUGGGGAUGUGUUCGAAUUCUUAGAUCUCAAGAAAAACACUGGAGCGGAGGAUGUUCGCGCUAGGGAUAUGUUCUACGCUCUUUGGAUACCCGAUUUAUUUAUGCAGCGAGUGGAGGCUAACGAGGAAUGGAGUUUGAUGUGUCCGCAUGACUGCCCGGGACUGUCGGAAACGUGGGGCGAAGAGUUUGAGAAACUUUACACCGGCUAUGAAAAGGAAGGGCGUUUCAUUCGCAAAGUCAAAGCACAAGAUCUCUGGUUUGCCAUCAUUGAAUCGCAGGUCGAAACUGGUGUGCCUUACAUGUUGUAUAAGGAUGCGUGCAACAGGAAGAGUAACCAGCAAAACGUGGGUACCAUCAAAUGUUCCAAUCUGUGCACGGAAAUUGUUGAGUACUCUUCCAAAGAUGAGAUCGCAGUGUGUAAUCUUGCUUCGAUUGCUCUUAAUAUGUUUGUAAAACCGGACAAAACAUACGACUUUCAGAAGCUUAAAGCAGUAGCCAAAACUGUCACGAGGAAUCUCAACAAAAUAAUCGAUAUCAAUUUCUACCCUGUUCCGGAAGCAGAACGAUCGAAUAUGCGCCAUCGUCCAAUCGGAAUUGGCGUUCAGGGUCUGGCGGACGCGUUUAUUUUGAUGCGUUAUCCCUAUGACAGUGAAGAGGCACAAUUGCUAAAUCAGCAAAUAUUCGAGACGAUCUACUACGGUGCAUUGGAAGCUAGUUGUGAACUUGCCGAAAAGGAGGGUACUUACGAAACGUACAGUGGAUGUCCAGUUAGCAAGGGGAUCCUGCAGUACGACAUGUGGAAUAAGAAACCAACUGAUAUGUGGGAUUGGGCGGCACUUAAGGAAAAGAUUGCGAAGAGUGGUGUUCGCAACUCGUUACUGUUAGCACCGAUGCCAACGGCUUCUACAGCGCAAAUACUGGGAAAUAACGAAUCAUUUGAGCCGUACACUUCCAACAUUUACAACCGAAGAGUGUUGUCUGGAGAAUUUCAGGUUGUCAAUCACCACUUGCUGAAGGACCUUACAGAAUUGGAUCUUUGGGACGACGAGAUGAAAAAUAAGAUUAUUGGUAGUAACGGGUCGAUUCAAGCUAUCGAAGAAAUCCCAAGACAUAUCCGUGAUUUGUAUAAAACUGUUUGGGAAAUUUCGGUUAAAACCAGCAUCAAAAUGGCAGCUGAUCGAGGUGCCUUCAUUGACCAGUCGCAAUCGUUCAACAUUCACGUAGCGGAACCAAACUACGGCAAGCUGACGUCGAUUCAUUUUUACGGUUGGAAGAUGGGUUUGAAAACGGGAAUGUACUACCUGCGCACGAAACCCGCUGCCAGUGCGAUCCAGUUUACGGUGGAUAAGAGCAAGUUAGUUGAUACGAGCCGACUGAAUAGCAGUAGCGCAGGAGCUUCUUCGUCAGCGGCAAAAAUGAAUGGAACCAGCAGCACACCGAGAAAGAUGAACGGGGAUACUUCCAUGGCCGGUAUGGAAUCGCCGCAGAUGAAUGGGUCAUUUGCCGAUCGUAACCGACGAAUGGCUGAGAUGGUAUGUUCACUGGAGAAUAAAGAAGACUGUAUGAUGUGUGGCUCUUAGGUCAUGUGUACUUAUUGUAAUUUUACUUAUAUGAAUAUUUCAAAUAAAAUUUCAUGUUAA